CAAUUUACCCGCUGUAUGAAAAUUGUGAGGUCUGAAGUCAACUGCUGGAAGCUUUUUGACAGAAUCGCCCAACACCGAAUUAAAUCGGUAUCCUGUCCUUAACCCGUAAGUUACGUACCUCGUAACUUUGUUUUCAAAAUACAAUAUAAUUAAAUUAACAACGAAUGUUAAUUAUGUAUGUAUAUAAAUUGAUCAAAAUAAUCGAAUUCAUUGAAUAAAAUUUUGUGACCUAUUGUUAUUAUUCAAUAGUAUUGGAUUUCAUCAUAUUUUACAUAUGUAAAUAUGGCUGACAAUAAUGUUUUUAAUUUAUGCGAGCGUUAUUUUGGAUCUUGCAAUUUCUAUGAUGUUCUGGAAAUCCCAAGAAAUGCAGACAAGACGCAAAUUAAGAAAGCUUAUUAUCGUUUAUCAUUGCUUAUGCACCCAGAUCGUGUUGAAGAUAAUUUAAAAAAUGUAGCUACAGAAAAGUUUAAAAUACUUAGUAUAGUCCAUUCUAUUUUGAGUGACAAUGAAAAACGGAAAAUAUAUGAUGAGACUGGUCAAUAUGAUGACAAGGAAGUUAUUCUAAACAAUUGGUUUGAUUAUUGGUCUAAACUUUUCAAAAAAAUUACAAUCGAAGAUAUUAAAACUUAUGAAAAUAAUUACAAAGGAUCGUCAACUGAACUUAAUGAUUUAAAAACAGCUUAUUUGAGAAGUAAGGGUGAUAUGGAUUAUAUAUUUCAAACUGUUCCUUUCACUUGCUACAGUGAUGAACCUAGAUUGUAUGCAAUUAUUAUAAAUCUUAUUGAAAAAGGCGAAAUACCUGAAUAUAGAAAGUUUACAAAAGAAGAUAAGAAAAAAAAAUUACGAAGGAAAAGGAAGUGGCAAAAAGAAAAUGAAGAAGCCAAAGAAUUAUUACUAGAGCAAAAAUCACAAAAAACUGAAAACGUACAAGAUUUAAGUCUUACCAUACACAAGAAAAAUUUAUCAAGAUUAUCCCAAGAAAAUGAUUUUUUUAAUUCACUUAUUCACAAGUAUGUAGAAUCUUCUAAAAAGCAAGUAAAACAGAAAAAAUCUUUCAUAAAAUCCAAUAAAACUGAUUAGUUCGUGUUAACGUAAAAAUUGUACGAUGUGUGACUUAUAUUAUUAAUAAAAAUUUCUAAUAAACUCAUGAA